AUGUCCUGUUUUCAGCUUGAUUGUGAAUGCACUUUCAGCGAAUACGUGCGUACAAUAUUUCAUCACGCAGAGGAUUUUGUUCUUCCGAAACGAUCCUACACACAGCACUUUAAUGUCUGCAAGCAGGUUUUUGAAACUGCAGUCGAAGAACGAAAAAAAGGCUACAUUGACCAUGCAUUUUAUCACUUUGUCCGGUGUAUUUCGAUAAUUGAUAAGGCGGGCGUGCGAGAUGAAAUACCUCGGGCCAAGGAUUUGAUGAAGGAAUGCUUGGAUGCAGUUGAGAAACUUCAAGAUGAAGAGCUGUUUGAACAUUAUAAUAACCUGAUCAAAGAGGUUCGACAACGCGAGGGAGAACGAAAGCGAAUCGUUGCGCAGCAGCUUCUUCUGGAUGAUGAUGAUGACACAAUCUCGCCGGAGGAACAACAUACGAAGCGUCAGCAAACAGUUUUACUAAAGGGAGAAGAGAAACUAGCUGAUGCCUUGAAUCGUCUAAAAGACUUGAAAAUACCGGUUGCUCCGUCCUCGGUGCCCCAGAAUGUUGUGCCUUAUUGGAGCGAUGCUCAGAAUGGCCUUUUGCACACUUCAAAUGAUCAGGUCGUCCUUCCGCGAGGAAUGCAAAAAGUUUCACCUAAUGCUUAUCUUGAGUGGGAUUUCAACAAUGGAUCUGCUCGUGGAAGUUAUCCUAGGCGAGGAAUUGUGAACCUUGGAAAUACAUGCUACCUCAAUAGUGUUACCCAAAUGCUUUAUGCAACACCUUUGAGAAAGUACUUUCUGUGUGAUGAUUACACGAAAGACAUUGUACAGUCGAGUAAAGGACGGGGGAGGCUGGUGAAUUCGUUUAGUUAUAUCUUGCGCGAGCUGACUCGUACUGAUUUGGCAAAUCCAGUAAGUCCCUCCUUUUUCAAGGCUGCUGCUGGCGAACUAUGCGAGGCUUUUGCGGGUAGAUCUCAGCAAGAUGCAAACGAAUUUCUUCGUGUAGUGCUUGAUGGUAUUCAUAACAACCUGAACGACAAGGGGAAUUUCAAUGAGAUUGCUCAAGAAAUUGAUACCACGAAGGGCAGUGACCAUGUUAUUGCAGAGCAGUAUUGGUCAGAGUACAAAAAACGAAACAACUCUGUGAUUGUAGAUAUGUGUGUGUUUCAGGAAAGAAGUUCGAUUGUUUGUCCCUUGUGCAAACAAAUUAGCAGAUCAUUUGCUCCUUUACUGGGAAUAGAGGUGCCUGUCCCUUCUAUUGAAGGCAAGAUCACCAUUGAGGAUUGCUUGAAUGCAUAUUGCAAAGAGGAGGUUCUUGACUUAGACUCCUUGUAUUCAUGCCCUUCAUGCAGCAGAAAAGUUAAUGCUUCCAAACAACUUCUUGUGUAUUCCUUGCCGAAUAUCUUGCUUUUAACCAUCAAACGCUUUCGUUUCCACGGCGAUUUCUCGAACAAAAUUGCAGACUCCAUCAUUUUUCAAAAGCAACUUGACAUGUCCCCUUUUAUGUGCUCCACCGAGAAGAAUAGUGUCUACAAUUUGGUCGGUGUAGUGAAUCAUCAAGGAAACAUUCACGGAGGUCAUUAUACCGCGGAUUGCAUUGGCACCGAUGGUGUUUGGUUUUCCUUUAGUGACGAGCGAGUAAGCGAAGCAGAAACACCAAACUAUCAGCUUGCCUACAUAUUGUGCUACGUGCGAAACGAUUGA